UAUUAAUAAAGCCAUUGUCAUGGCAUAUGAGAUUUGGAACCAAAAGUUUUAUUUUUAUAAUGAAUAAUUAGUAUUUUCCAGGUUGUACAAUGCGUGUUUUAGUAUUGUUAAUGUGUACCCUCUCAUUGGGCUAUGUGCUGUGUUUACACCUCAACGCUGACCAAUGGAAAACUAUCAAGUUGUUAAUUAAUAAAAAGGGUCCGAGCGAUAAUCAACGUGGAAUUGAAGUGUUAUUAAUCAAUACGGCAAGAUCACAAAAUGAUUACCAGCGGUCAAUAAAUCUUGCCAACUCACUAUCAAACGGAAAGGACACACCGAAUCGUAUAGUAUACGAAAUAAAACGACUUAUAUUCCAUUACAACAAUACGUCGGAUGCAAAGAUGCGGAACCACGCUUCUGUUUGGACACCGAAAGUCCAAGAUUACGUGCCUCAAUCAGUUGACUGGAGGAAACGCGGUGCCGUCUCGGCCGUCAAAUGGCAAGGCCAGUGCGACAGUUCAUAUGCUUUUGCCGCGGCUGGAGCGCUUGAGGGGCUUUUGUAUACAUUGACAGGUCAAUUUAUACCAUUGUCGGUGCAAAAUCUAGUCGACUGUAGCGUGGACUACCACAAUCAUGGGUGUGCGGGUGGCACUAUAGAGAAAGCUCUACAGUACGUGGCGGCCAACGAGGGCAUUAACACCGAAAGAGACUACAAGUAUGAAGCACGCACUAAACCUUGCAGGUUCAACAGGUCGGCACUGAUGUUAGUAUCUGUCGGCUACUCGUCGCUCAUCAACGGUGAUGAGUUGGCGUUGAAGCGUGUUGUGGCCAAACAACCCGUCGCGGCGCGCCUUCGCGUUUGCUUCUACGAUUUUUUCUUUUACAAGAGCGGCAUUUACUCCGACAAUUGCCCCGAAGAAAAUAGAAUGACUGUCUCGGUUCUGAUAGUGGGGUACGGUAUACAGGGAAGUGAAAAGUAUUGGCUGUUGAAGAACUCGUGGGGCACGCAGUGGGGUACUGCGGGCUACAUGCGGCUCGCUCGCAACAAGGGGAACCAGUGCGGCAUCGCGUCCGCUGCUAGUUAUCCCUAUUUCUAGUUGACUUUCAAACUAUAGUGUCUAUUUAAGAUAGAUUAGUUUGACAACUGACGUCUAUAAAGUAUCCAAUUAAUUUUGUAUGAGGUUUAAUGUUGUACUUUUGUAACGGUUGCGAUAGCGUCAACCGUACACGGAUUACGAGCAAUUAUGAACUAUCGAGAAUCGGUCUUGUAAUAAUAUUCCAAUAAAUAAAUACUAUAACUUAGAUAUUUUAUUUUAAAUUUACUACAGAUAUUUAGCUAUGUCUCGCGCAAUUUCUCAAAAGAAACAAAUUCAUUCAUAUUGGAAAUCAAGAACUACGAAAUUUUCGAUUGCAAGUUCUAUGAGCUCAAACAUCGAAAAUCGGAAAUCUUCAUAACCGAUUUUAUUCAACCCAUCUCUAGUGAAAUGUCAAAUGAAUUGUCAAACUAAUCUAUCUUAGACACGCUAUAAGUGUUCGUAACACAUUCGUACGCUUAAAAUAAAUA